AUGCUUCAUAGGGCAUCAGAGGCAAUCAAAAUCCUACUGCUUCUUGGGGCAUCAGAGGCAAUCAAAAUUCUAAUGCUUCAUAGGGCAUCAGAGGCAAUCAAAAUCCUACUGCUUCUUAGGGCAUCAGAGGCAAUCGAAAUUCUAAUGCUUCAUAAGGCAUCAGAGGCAAUCAAAAUCCUACUGCUUCUUGGGGCAUCAGAGGCAAUCAAAAUUCUAAUGCUUCAUAGGGCAUCAGAUGCAAUCAAAAUCCUACUGCUUCAUAGGGCAUCAGAGGCAAUCAAAAUUCUAAUGUUUCAUAGGGCAUCAGAGGCAAUCAAAAUUCUAAUGUUUCAUAGGGCAUCAGAUGCAAUCAAAAUCCUACUGUUACAUAGGACAUCAAAGCACUCAGAAAACCUAAAGCUUCAUAGGGCAUCAGAGGCAUCCAAAAUCUUAUUGCUACAUGGGGGAAGGGGAUGUUGCAGAUUAAAGAACAUUGAAGGAGAAAGAUGCGGAAGAAGACAUGGAGGUAGAAGCCGAAACAAAGAAGAGAGAAAAGAAAAAUGGAUAAGGAGUAGGAACGACAGAGUGAAGGAUAACGGACAAGACAAGGGAGAAGACAAGAGAACAAAGAGGAAGGACACAUCUGAGGAGGACAAGGAAGAGAACAAAAAGGAGAGACAAAAUCAAGGAAGAAGAGAAGAGGAGAUAAAGAACAAUGAGGAUGGACACUAUUUAGGAAGAAGAAAACAAAAAGGAAGGACAAAAUCCAGGAGGAAGAGCAGAAAGAGGAGAGACAAGGUGGAAGAUGAAGAGCAGAAAGAGGAGAGACAAAUGUGGAGGAUGAAGAGCAGAAAGAGGAGAGACAAGGUGGAGGAUGAAGAGCAGAAAGAGGAGAGACAAGGUGGAGGAUAA